AUGAUUUCAACUCCUGUUAUCACCAUUUUUCUCCCGGCAUACGCGCUGGCGGCAGUUUUAAUCGGAUUGGUGGUAAAAAGUAUCUACAACGUCUUUUUCCACCCGCUUCGCUCAUAUCCCGGGCCCUUUUUGGCCCGCGUAACGCGUCUAUACCAUAUCUACUGGGACCUUCGGGGUGUGCUACACAUCAAGACCAAGGAAUGGCACGAUCAGUACGGCGGGAUCGUCCGUGUUGCACCGGACGAGCUCUCGUACAACACAGCCCAGGCAUGGAGAGAUAUUUGCGGUAGGGUAUAUGGUACCAUCUUGUUGGAGCCAUACGCUAACCUUGGUCCCUGUCUAGGCCACCGCACCAAAGGUCGAGUUGGCAGUUUUGAGAAAGACCGAUCCUUCUUCAACAAAACAGUCAAUGGCGCCGAUCACAUUCAGAUAGCAGCCGAUAAUGACCACCGUCGAAUGCGACGUCUUCAGUCGCAUGCAUUCUCGGAGAAGGCUCUCCGCAGCCAGGAGGAUCUGCUACAAAAGUACGUCGACCUUCUAAUGCGGCAGCUUCGCGAGCGGGGAGCCAACCCAGCCACGGCCGUCGUGGACAUGGUGAGAUGGUUCAACUUCACCACCUUUGACAUGAUCGGAGACCUAGCAUUCGGUGAGUCUUUUGGAUGUCUGGAGGAAGGUGUCUUGCACAGGUGGAUCACUGCCAUCUUCUCCUUUGUUCGCUGUGGGAAUUGGAUCCGAGCGGCUCGGCGGUUCCCUCCGCCACUGAGCCAACUCGCCAAGAUGUUUAUUCCUCGUCACCUCAUCGAGGAGCGCAAGUAUCAAUUCGCUUUCAGCCGAGACAAAGUCAAUCGGCGAGUCGAGCAAUACACUGAGCGGAGUGAUUUCACAAAUGACGAAAAGGGUAUGAGUAUCGACGAGCUUUACGUAGGAGCCUCAUUCCUGAUUAUCGCUGGAAGUGAGACCACCGCCACACUACUCUCUGGAGCAACCUAUCUGCUAUUGACAAAUCCGCCAAUUCUCGAGACACUUAAACAGGAGAUCCGUUCAGCUUUUAUCGACGAGACAGACAUCAACAUUCAGAACACAGCCUCGCUGACGUAUCUCAACGCCGUGCUAGAGGAAUCACUACGCAUGUAUCCGCCUGUGCCCAACACCUUCCCACGCCAAACUCCGUCACCUGGAGAAGUAAUCUGCGGUCAGUUCGUCAAGGGCGGAACAUCGGUAGGGAUUCCUCAAUGGGCUACCUUUCGGUCGGCGCAGAACUUUCACGACCCCGAUAUGUUUCACCCUGAGCGCUGGCUGGGCGAUCCUCGAUUUGCUACGGAUCAGAAGGACGCGUUUCAGCCUUUCUCUCACGGUCCGCGUAAUUGCCUUGGAAAAAAUUUGGCGUAUGCAGAGAUGCGUCUCAUCCUCUCCCGACUGCUGUGGAGCUUUGAUCUCGAGCUGCAGCCAAAAUGCAAGAAUUGGAUUGCAGAUCAAAAGACUUAUGCGCUGUGGGAAAAGGUUGACUUGGAUGUGAAGCUCAUGCCUGUCAAGAGAUAG